AGGACCACACGGACAGCACUCCCCAUUCAAUCUAAUUCAUUCUACGGACUUCAGAAUUGCCUUCAAUCCACCUCACUUCCCCAGCUUCGUCCUCCAGUGCUCUUCUGGUCUUCCUCCAUUCGGAAUCAGUCUAUUAUAGCGCAGACCGAUUGCACAUUUGCAGACCCCUGAAUAAAAAUCACUGCUGUCGAAGCCAGAGCACCGUCGCACACUCUGUUUCUCCUCUCUGUUCAGGGCGUAUUGGAUUGAUUCAAUGAAAAAAUCCAGUGCUUCACAAGAUACGCUGGAUGCAGAAGUCGAAUCUUUCUUUGACUCAGCUCCUCCUCUAAGAGACAGUGCCGAUGUCAAUAGAAAAUUGAAGGAAUUUAUUGAGCAGAAUGUCUUCAGGCAAGAAAAUGGAAGAUCUGGUAGGAUUGUAUGUGUAACAGCGGGUGGUACAACAGUUCCUUUGGAGCAAAGAUGUGUUCGCUACAUCGAUAACUGCAGCUCAGGCAACAGAGGAGCAACAUCAGCAGAGUAUUUUUUAAGGGCUGGAUAUGUAGUUAUUUAUCUGCAUCGAAGGGGCGCCUGCCAGCCAUAUUGCAGAGCCCUUCCGGAUGAUCCAUUGUUUGAAUGUUUUGAGGUUACUGAUCAGGCUAAUAUUCAAGUGCGUGGGCUGCAUUCUGAAGCAGUGAAGAGGGCCAUUAGUGAGCACAAUUCUGCAAUAGCGAAUGGUCGGUUGUUGAAACUUCCCUUCACAACCAUAUAUGAAUAUCUUCAGAUUUUACAGAUGAUUGCAACAUCAAUGAGCCAUCUUGGACCUCAUGCAGUGUUUUACCUUGCAGCUGCAGUGUCUGACUUUUAUGUUCCAUGGGAGAGCAUGGUGGAACACAAGAUUCAGUCAGCAUCGGGCCCUUUGGAUAUGCGACUUGUUGAAGUUCCAAAGAUGCUUUCAGUGCUGAGGAAAAGAUGGUCUCCCAUGGCCUUUAUCAUAUCUUUCAAGCUAGAGACAGAUUCAAAUAUUCUUUUAGAGAAAGCUGAAGUAGCCCGUGAGAAGUACGAGAUGCAUGUGGUGGUUGCUAAUGAGCUCUCAACAUAUAAAGACGAGGUGGUGGUAGUCACAAGCAGUGAAAAGAUUAGAGUUUGCCGAGACAAGACCGAAGACGCAAGUGACAUUGAGAACCCACUAAUCAAACUCCUGGUUGAGAAGCAUUCUGCGUACAUUGGAAAUUCUUCUGCUUGAUUUCUUCUAAGAUUGGUGAUUGGAUGUGCAACUUCCAUAAAAUGCCCUGGCUUCUCAAAGUCCAUUUCUCUACUAGCCAAACUCUGGUUGAGAAAGUAAGCACUCAGUAUGCUUUGAGGAUUGAAUAAUGAUCUGUGAGAUUUGAAUUUGCAAAUUUGGUAAAUGCCGUUACUCAAAAUUUCCUUUCAAUCUGUUACAUAUUACUGUGUCAAUUAUGGAAAAACAUUUUUCAUUUUA